AAAAGUUUCGCUGAGCGCUCCCUGUGGAUUCGCCAGAGAUAGCUGGGAGCUCCAGUAGCUCACCUGCCCAGGUGUACGCCGCGCUCCUUUAUCCAACCGGCAACCCCGCCCGGCCUGGCACCUGCUGAGAGCUCAGCGUGGCAUUACCGGGCGGUCGCCGAAGUCCCAUCGUGAGGGGCUCUUUUGGCUUCGGUGGGCGCAGAGGCUGCUGCCAGCGCGUCCCCUUCUUUCCCCUUCGCCGGGCGCUGGGAGGCGGCGGAGACUGACACCGGCCAGACGCCUCUAAUCCCCGCGGGGCGCCACGCCCGCCGCGCGCGGCUCAGGGAAUAAGAAGUGAGCACCUGGCGCGCAGGUGAAGCUCCAGCUCGCGCCGCGGGGCCGCCACUUUGCGCUCAGGGCCCCGAAGACCGUGCGGCCAUGGACGCCCCGCGGGGCAUCGGCACCUUCUUGGUGUGGGACUACGUCGUGUUCGCCGCGAUGCUGCUCAUCUCGGCGGUCAUUGGCAUCUACUACGCCUUCGCGGGGGGCGGCCAGCAGACCUCCAAGGACUUCUUGAUGGGCGGCCGCAGGAUGACCGCCAUGCCCGUGGCGAUGUCCCUCACCGCCAGCUUUAUGUCGGCCGUCACCGUCCUAGGCACCCCCGCCGAGGUCUAUCGUUUUGGGGCCAUAUUCAGCAUCUUUGCCAUUACCUACUUCUUUGUGGUGGUCCUCAGCGCGGAGGUCUUCCUCCCAGUGUUUUAUAAACUGGGAAUUACCAGCACCUACGAGUAUUUAGAACUUCGAUUUAACAAAUGCGUUCGUCUCUGUGGAACAAUCCUCUUCAUUGUUCAAACGAUUCUGUAUACUGGAAUUGUUAUUUAUGCCCCUGCUCUGGCCUUGAAUCAAGUCACAGGAUUCCACCUAUGGGGCGCAGUAGUAGCUACUGGGGUGGUCUGCACAUUCUACUGCACGCUGGGUGGUCUUAAAGCAGUUAUCUGGACAGACGUUUUUCAAGUUGGGAUAAUGGUAGCUGGAUUUGCAUCUGUGAUUAUACAGGCUUCACUGAUUCAGGGUGGAAUCAACACUAUUCUAAAUGAUGCCUACAAUGGCGGAAGAUUAAAUUUUUGGAAUUUUAAUCCUAACCCUUUGCAAAGACAUACAUUCUGGACGAUUGUUAUAGGAGGGACCUUCACGUGGACCAGCAUCUAUGGUGUCAACCAGUCCCAGGUGCAGAGAUACAUUUCCUGUAAAAGCAGAUUCCAGGCAAAAAUGUCUCUCUACAUCAAUCUCGUGGCCCUCUGGGCAAUCCUCACCUGCUCGGUGCUUUGUGGGCUCUCCCUGUAUUCCAGAUACCGUGACUGUGACCCUUGGACAGCCAAGAAAGUGUCUGCACCAGACCAGCUCAUGCCUUAUUUAGUACUGGACAUUCUGCAAGAUUAUCCGGGACUUCCUGGACUUUUUGUGGCCUGCGCUUACAGUGGAACAUUGAGCACCGUGUCCUCUAGUAUUAAUGCCUUAGCAGCAGUGACUGUGGAAGAUCUAAUCAAACCUCGCUUCAGAUCUCUCUCAGAAAGGUCCCUCUCUUGGAUUUCCCAAGGAAUGAGUGUGCUGUUUGGAGUCCUGUGUAUUGGAAUGGCUGCGCUGGCAUCACUAAUGGGAGCUUUGUUGCAGGCAGCACUCAGCAUAUUUGGCAUGGUUGGUGGACCACUUAUGGGCUUGUUUGCUUUGGGGAUUUUGGUUCCGUUUUCCAACUCAAUUGGAGCCCUUGUUGGUCUGCUGGCUGGAUUUGCCAUUUCUUUGUGGGUCGGAAUUGGAGCUCAACUUUAUCCUCCACUUCCUGAGAGAACUAUGCCAUUAAGCCUCGAAACCUAUGGCUGUAACAGCACAUACAAUAGGACAAAUUGGAUGACAACCACAGAAAUGCCAUUUUCUACCAGUGCUUUUCAAGUACACAACAUUGAAAGGACUCCACUGAUGGAUAACUGGUAUUCUUUAUCGUAUUUGUACUUCAGCACGGUGGGAACUUUGGUAACUUUAUUCGUGGGAAUGCUUAUCAGUUUAUUAACAGGAGGAAGAAAACAAAAUGUAGACCGCAGAUUCCUACUAACCCAAGAGGACUUUUUAUCCAAUUUUGACAUUUUUAAGAAAAAGAAGCAAGUUUUAAGUGAUAAAUCUCAUCCCAUAGAAGAUGGUGGAACUGACAAUCCUGCCUUUAACCAUAUUGAAUUGAACUGCACAGGUCCAAACAGCAAGAUCAAUGGCACUCGUUUGUGAAGCUGCUGUGAUACUAAAUGAUUUUAAACAGUGUCCCAGUUUUAUGUGUUUUCUAAGAUAAUUGGAUCAGGUUUAGAUUUUUUUUUUCUAUCAUGAAUGUUUGGGAGGGCGGAUAAAUCUUUUGUUAAAGCGAAGUCCUGACUUUGCUCACUACACUCAUUAAUUGAUGCUACUUAGGAGGUAAGAGUUUCAAUUAUCAGCAUUUCCCUCUAUCCCUCUUUUAUUUCAAUGAAGCUAGUUGUGAAAGUGACUCUAAAUGUGCUAAACAGCUAAUACACAUAUAUGCAUACAUACUGGAUGGUCAAAAGCAUAUUCUUAAAUUUGGGCAUUAUUAAAAAUAUCUCUGUGCAUUUGGUGCUAGCA